AUGGACGAUAUUAUAUUCGACAGCAACCCCGACGGCGCCCCAGCCGGGUUGGACGAAAGGGUGGCCCAGUUAGCAGAUCCAGAAUGGGCGGACAAUAUAUUGGUCGACGACGACGUCGAACAAAACAGCACGCCCGAAAAUACCGAGACUUUUACGGAGUCCAGCCAACGGUUUUGGCGGGUGGACCAUUCGACCGGAACUUACAAAUACAAAGUAGGGAAGCCCGGCCGGAUAAUUUCACAAUUUAACUGUCCUACGUACGAGCACGUUACGGUCACCUUCCAGAAGUGGGCGUCGCCGUAUGCGGCCAAAUAUACCGGCGGCAUUAAUUUCGACCUUACCGGGCGCACGUUCCACAUCGCUUCGGGGGUGUCGCCCAAAAACUAG